UUGACAAUAUUUGUUUGUCACAUUCAUCAGCUGUAAACUGAUAUUUUGAAAACUUCGCAUUGAUAUGAAAAUCGGACCGGAAUAACAAAUUCAACAAUCGUAAAAUUUGAAAAGAAAUAUGUGAAUUGUUUAGCUUGGCCUAAAAAUAGAGUCUUUAUAUUGUCUAUAAAACAUAUAAUUUUGGUUUUUUCUAUUUAGUAAGUGACAAAUGUCAGAUAAUACUAGAAGAAUACAAGUGAUUAUAUAAUUAUGACUACCAGAAAAGUUUUAAUUGGAGGUGGAACAGGCUUCAUUGGAAGUCAUUUGGGUGAACUUCUUGGCAUUAAAGGUUACAAUGUAGUGAAUAUAACUCGUAUGCCUGGUGCCAACAAUAUAUCAUGGACCUCAUUGGAGCAAUCAGGCUUGCCACUAAAGUCAUGUGCGGUGGUCAAUUGUGCUGGUCAACAAUUUAUGGACUUUACAAAAUCCUGGACACCUGGAUUUAAACAAAAUGUUCAAAACUCCAGAGUUUAUACAACAAAAGCACUUGCAAAUGCAAUUAACAAAUGUAUAGAUAAACCAAAAGUGUUUGUAGUUGUCACUGGGGUUGGGGCUUAUGAACCUUCGGAGUGCAAUAAAUAUGAUGAAAGCAGUCCCACCACAGGAGUUGACUUCUUCUCCCGACUGACUGUGGAAUGGGAAAAAGCUGCCAAAGUAGAUCCACCUGUAAGGCUUGUAAUAAUUCGCUCUGGCGCAGUACUGGGUCGUUGGGGAGGUAUGAUCAAAAAUAUGUUCCUCCCGUUCUAUUUCGGUCUCGGCGGCCGCAUCGGCAGUGGCAAGCAAUAUCUACCAUGGAUCCACAUAGAUGACCUCGCAAGACUGAUUCUCUUUGCUAUUGAGAAUGAAAAUGUUCAGGGUAUUCUGAAUGGCGUGUCCCCACAAGUUAUUACCAAUAACGAUUUUACUCAAUCAUUUGCAAAAGCUUUGGGGAGACCUGCUUUCCUGCCAGUACCGGAGCCGAUUUUAAAUAUGUUGCUGAAUCAGGAGAGGGCCAUGAUAAUGACUAAAGGACAGUACGUCAUACCAAAGAGGGUGCAAGAAUUUGGCUUCCGUUACAAAUAUGAAAAUAUAGAUGAUGCAUGCAAAGAGUUCGCACACCUAUGUCCGAAAAAACAUCCUCUGCAAUAAAUGACUAUUUACCGUUAACAAAAAAUAAGCAUUGUUUUUGUGAAAGCACACCUGAUUUUAUAACUAUUUAUUUAAAAAUCUGCAUUUUGUUGUCCUGUGAUGGUUGCUGAUACUCGA